AUGAAAUGGAAUCUGAAGAAAUAUCAGUCUCGCCUCUGUUGUGUUCACUUACUGGCUGCUACGUUUGACGCUCCAACUGUGCUGAUCAGGCGGAUUGCGAUGGAAAAACUUCGUUGGUGGAAAUGGAAGGCUCGGCGGCGAUUGAGCGAAAUACGUCAUCGGCAGCAUGAAGUGGAAAUCGUCGUCCUGGUUGGUGCUCUUGUCACGACGGAGCGAGCCGAAAAUCGCUUAUGCUUGUACGAGGGAUCGUGCAUCGAUUAUGCUGGAAAAAGUCGAGCGGAAAUUGGUGAAGCACAAGAUAUCGAAACGGAAGGCAGAGAUCGCCACCCGAAACAUUUCAAAAUUGAUGUCAGUAGACCCUAUGCGCUAAGAAAGCAGCCGGACCGCAAAAGACUUUUCGAAUCAACGCAAAAGGUCGUUGGCGGCUAUUCCUUGUUGUUGAAAUACGAGGAGAAAUUUGGCGCGUUUGUGGAUCAUAUCGAUGGCUUUCACUACAGUGGAGAUCGUCUCAAUUAUUCCAACAUUCAGUUAAUUAUCACCUAA